AAUACUACAAAUUAUAGUUUUCUGAUCUGACGUUUUGCCUAUUCGUGAAUUGUAAUUACAAAUCCUAUUCCUAAUAGUUUUGAAUUUUCACAUUGGUAGGGCACUAAUUCUUACAACCACUUAAACCUAAACAUCUGCAAAAAUGGCAGACCGUCUCACACAACUUCAAGACACAAUAAACCAGCAAGCCGAGCACUUUUGCAACAGCAUAGGUAUACUGCAGCAGUUCUCUACGCCUAGUAAGUUUCCCGGUUUCGAUCGCAGCGGGUCUCAGACGCCGCAACAGCAGCAAAAUCAGGAGGACUAUGCUAUGCUAUUUGCGACUCUGAUAUCUCGGUGUGCUAAAGACAUAGAUACGUUGAUUGAAUCCCUGCCGAGCGAGGAGAGUUCAACAGAGCUACAAGUGCAAAGUUUACGACGUUUGGAGGCAGAAAAUAAGGAGGCUGCUGAGCAGUUGGAGGAGGUGGUACGACAAGGAGAGAUAUUGUUAGAAAAGAUCCAAGGAGCGCUAAGUGAUAUAGCCCAGUGCCAGCUUGACAUGCAGAACCCCUCGUUGAUCCUCAACAAGGAUGUGAAGCCUCCAUUAUAGGGCCGGCGAGGGUCUGGUCACCAUAAGCGGUGAUAAUUUCAAAGACUGUUGUGGAUGUGUGGAGUUUGUACUGUGUUCUUGUAUAUAUCUCAUGUUAAACUAUUGUAUGCCUCGGUUAUUUACCAAACCAUCUAAUUUUAUUGGUAUUAUGGUACUAAUAUAAUUGAAAUUUAAAGGGUUACUUCUAUUUUUUUCGUAUUGAGGUUGGUUGGACAAAGUAAGCAGCACUGAGGCAAAACAUAAAAUAUGAAACUUUGUAAAACAAUGUAUGUAAGUUUAUAGUGUUUCAUGAAAAUAAUGUUUCAAAGUAAUUAAUUGGUAGCAUUGAUAGUGUUUUAUAUUUC